AUGUUUCCACAGGAGACGUACCUCGAGAUUGCAGCGAGCUCUGUGAUCGUCUUUGUGCCUGUCGUGGUGUUUGUGUUCGUGGUCUCCAUCUUGUUGAUGAACCUGCUGAUCGCGCAGCUGACGCAAUCCUAUCACGAUGCCUUCUCGAACAUGCAGGCGUGUCAGGAAGCAGUUCUGAAGUUGACAUGA